AUGAAAAUCAGAUGGCGGUCACGACCAAUCGGCAAACGUAUCCGCUCUCAUCGGAUGCGCACGGUGAAACGAAUUUUGGACGAUUUUGCGCAGAUUCGCCAAAUUGGAACAUUGAAAACAAUGCAUUUUUCGGGGAGUGAGCUUACUGAUUCCUCCUAUACUGUGCUUAAACCAUCUAUGUAUUGUGGUGCAUCUAGUCAUCAUAUUCAUUGUGAAAAUUUUGAAUUUAAAAGUGGUGAAAAGCUACUCUUUUUUGGAAGAGAUGAAGUUGAUAAUACCACCACUUGGUUAGAUUUGAAUAAUUGCACAGGAAUAAUUACUUCAGAAACGUUCAACCUGUUCCCGGCUCUAGAUUAUGUUAAUUUCAAAGGAUGUACUUUGGAAUUUUCUGCAAAAUCAUUUGCAGCUAUAAAGAAUAUACGAGCCAUAGAUAUAAGAGAAAGUAAAGUUUCUAUUUCAAAGGAGAUUUUUGAAGACUGCGAAACAUUGGAGUCCAUGCAUUUAAAAGAUUUGAAAUUACCAGAUCAAGAUUGUUUUUCACCUCUAAAAAAGUUAAAUAUGUUGACAAUAGAAGAGUGUCAGUUCGAAAACAGUAAUAGUAAUAUUUUUAGAGAGUUAUUUUCUUUGCAAUAUUUGAUAAUCGAACGGUGUGAAUUGCCAAUUUUCGGUGAUGUGUACCAAGAUUUCAAAAAUUUGGAAAUGCUUAUUCUCAUGCAUAACAAAAUUGGAGAGCUAAACUGUGAUGGCAUAUUUAAUCUACAGAAAUUAAAAGACAUUGCAAUAUUUAACAAUGAAACUAUAUCUGUUAUAGACUACGAAAGGUUUCAAACUAUGCCUUUGCUGGAAACCAUACUUUUUGAAAAUAAUGUAUACAAAACUUUGGAUUUGCGUGCUUUUCCUAGUUUAAAACUUGUCAAAAUCGGUACCUUAACUGAUAUACCAACACCAACAGAUGAGGAGCUUUUCAAAAAGUUUGAUGAUAUGAAUAUAACAUACCAGUUUACCUUUUGUGGUAAGAUCGAAGUUGAUAUGAGUAAAGUUCUGAUUUGUGCAUAAAAUCUGUUUAUUUACCACACCACAGACCACGCUUUUAAAUCAUAUUGAAUACUAAGAUUAAUUAGAGCUUCUUUUGACAACUCUUACACUUUUUUACUAACUCUAAAACUAACGUAACAUAUGUGUGGUAGUUUAAAGGUUUUUUAUCAUGUUUGUCCCUAUUUUCUUUUUUUUUUAAUCCCAAUUUAUUUUUUUCUUUUUACUUUAUGCAUACCAUUGACAGUUCCAUAUUCUUUUAAGUUACUAUUAAUUUUAAAUUCCAUUGUGUUUUUACAACUUCCUCAACAUAGUUUUUAUUUCACUGGUUGUAAUGUACCUCUUUGAUGUGAAACCUUUAUUGACGCGAUUGGAAUCAAUAUAACAAUUUGGCAGACUGACUUGUAUGCCAGGACAUCAAGCGCUAUGAUCUAUCUGGUGCUGUUAUGUCCCCUUUGUCGCGUGUGUUUUAGAAAUAAUCUUCAUUUUUCUUCCUAACAAAGUCUACUAUUAUUAUGAAGCCGUAUUUUUCGCAGUCAAUAUUCCAACCGCACACACAUUAUAUUUGUGGCGUUCGUCGCUUAUGUACCAACACAAAACUAUAGUAAUAUUGUUUUCAAAGGAAUAAUACGACGACAUUUCACAUCUGCCACACCAUCUUGCUUGUUUCUUUUAACUGUGAAAGUGGUGUACUCGUUUUCCUUGUCAUAUUUUCAAUUUUAUUCUAGUUUAUUAUGUUGGUUUUUCUUCGAUACAUUUAGGAUGAUUUAUAUUUAUGAUUGAAGUCUUCACAUAGAGUUAAGUAUUCACAUUCAUAGUGUGGUAUUAUUAAAGACUAUAAUCUGACAAGUCUUGUUAAGUUGAUUUACUUCUGCUCUGAAAAUGGAUACGAUACAUGAAAGUACAAAUCAAUUUUUCUCAAAAAUGGUGCGCCGUAGGAACUUAAAAAAUGUCAUGUCAAAUGGAUAAAAUUUGUAAAGACAAAAAAGUUAUGAGUAAAAAUGUCAAAUACCACUCCUACUAAAAGAACCGUUUAUGGCUUCAAUUAAAAAAUAUUCACUUCAAACGAUUGCUCAGCUUACACUAAAUAUACAGAAUGUUAGCACUUAAAAAACAAUACGUUUUGAAUAUAUUUGAACUAAACUGAUGUUAGAGCGCCAUCAUUAAAGAUCUCUAGCUCCCUUAGGAAUCAUUUUUCGAAAAGGUGAUUUACACCGACAUAAAAUGAGUUCCAGAAUUUGUAGUAGUCUUUUGUAAGAGCGUUUGUGGACACCGUACAAUAAAUAAAUAAAAUAAUAUAUAAAAUGCCACAAGAAAAUAGUUUCAGAAUAUAGCCUAAAGCUGAGCAACCAAGCAAUCAUCUUUCAUUUCCUUCUUUCCAUCGGAAAGCUUAUUGGAUGCUCCCGAUCUGCUGGCCGAGGACUCCUCAACGGAGAGUCUGUGAAAAACGAAAUACAGAUAAGUGCCUCUCAGACAUCGAAGUAAAUCCAGAAAGGUUAAAAUCUACGACAAUGAAGCACAUGUACGAGUAAUUAAUAAUUCGUGUUACUAUAUGUACAACUCAGUUGAACUUUUUACUUAGAAUACAUGAAUUAUGCUUCCAACAUAUUAUGCUGAAUAUUAUAAAUUGUUAAUAUAAUAAAAAAUGUUCUACUUCGCCAAAAGUACAGAAUAAGUACAAUAAAAUAUUUUAAAAACAAAUUAUAUUGUUAAACUUUUAUUUUUUAAUAUAUAUCAAAUAGUUUUAUACAAAUGUUAGUACAUAUUUUGCAGCUUAUUUAUUUGUAUAUUAUAUUUAUAAACUCGUAUUAAUGUAAUCUAGUGACUUUAAUAACUGUUAUAAUUGAAAAAAAAAAGUAAACUUUUGUGAGCUGUU